CAUGUGCUAACUAUCCGCCCAGGACCUAUGAAACAUUGUCAUUUUCUGACUCUCCUUUCAGGGUUUCAUUGUUCAUAUUUAGGCUCAGUACGUCCAUAAUUAGGUGAUAAUUAUAGUACUGUGAGAAAUAGUUACGAAAGAAAUCCUGCAAUUAGCUGUCUAAUUUGUUUUCACACGACUUUACACAGUUACCUCAUCGUUUAUUUUUUUCUAGUGUUUGGAGCUUUAGUCAGCAUGUCAGAAAUUCCAACUCAUAACAUGAGCGGUGUACAGCAGAGGGACACCACGUUCACCAAAAUUUUCGUCGGAGGGCUACCUUAUCAUACAACAGAUAAGUCUCUCCGACAGUUCUUCGAAGGAUUUGGAGAAAUUGAAGAGGCUGUCGUCAUUACGGACAGACAGACAGGCAAGAGUAGGGGAUAUGGUUUUGUAACAAUGGCAGACCGAACGGCGGCUGAACGUGCAGUUAGAGAUGCCAAUCCUAUCAUUGAUGGGAGAAAAGCCAACGUAAAUCUUGCCUACCUUGGGGCCAAACCAAGAAUAAACACAACGAAUGGAUUUCCCUUGCCAGUUAGGGCAAGCUACCCUGCUGUACUGCCAGGUCAACUUAGCUUCCCUGCUCAGUAUGUCUAUCCUUCGCCUUUUCUUCCUGCUUCACCAGGACUAAUUGUAUCUCCACACGCUCAGCUGUCUCCGGCAACAGCUACUGGACACUUCUACGAUUACGCAACAGCGUAUCCAGCUCAGUAUACUAAUGGACUGGAUCCAUCUUAUCCGAUUUCAGCAGUGACUACGACGCCCCCUGCUGGACAUGGAGGAAACCCUUACUUACCCACUGCGGCUUAUGCCUAUCCAUUCACUCAGCCUCUUCAUGGAGCAACCCCUGCUAUAUUUCCUGUAUCUUAUGGCUCUCAGCCUCAAAUACAGGAAGCCAGGAUGCAAUAAUGAGGCCUUCUGUAAAUUAGAAUACUAAUUAUGGUAACGAGUAGGACAUUCUACCUAACCUGCAAAAUUACGUUGGCCUAUAAGCAUAAUUUAUGAACAAUUGUGACAAGAAAAAUUGAAUAUGUUAUAAGUACAGACAAUUUGUCUACAUAUAUACUUGUGUAAAGUUUAGUUUUCGUCUUGUAUGUCAACUGUGAUGUCAUGCAGUGU